AUGAUGAAGACGACGAAGAAGGCGCCGCCAGCCUUUGCUCCGCUGAAGACGGCAUGGUCGGUGGCGGCGACGGUGGCCGUUGGUUCGCCGCCGGCGAAGGACCCAGAGUGGGAGGUGAGGCCCUGCGGAAUGCUCGUCCAGAAGCGAAACCCCGACACCGACACCGCUGCAGCGGCGGCAGCGGUGGCGCCGCCUCUCUCCAUCCGCGUCCGCGUCAAGCACGGCGCCGCCAGCCAUGAGAUCUACCUUAGCCGCCAGUCCACCUUCGGUAACCCCCCACAUUUCCUUUCCGUUUCCCUUUGACUUACUUCACUCCCGAUCUCGCGGAGAUGUCCUUAGACUUGUUGCGGUCAAUCGCAGGGGAGCUGAAGAAACUGCUGUCGGAGCGGACGGGGCUGCACCCGCAGGACCAGAAGCUGGUGUUCAAGGGCAAGGAGAGGGACUCCGCCGCCUUCCUAGACAUCGCUGGCGUCAAGGACCGGUCAAAAGUCGUCCUCACGGAGGAUCCCGCCGCCCAGGCCCGGCGAGUCCUGGAGAUGCGGAGGACGGCGUCCAUGGAGAAGGCCGCCAGGGCCGUCUCCCACGUCAGCCUCGGCGUUGACAAGCUCGCUGCCAAGGUUGAUCGCCGCCGCCGCUGCAGUUGA